AUGGCAGCAUCUGCUAAGGGAAGUGUUUCACCCCCUUUAUCAAAUUCUACAAAUUCAACGACUGAAGCUUCAAGUCAAAUCAACAACACAAGAGGGACUGCAAGUAAACGGAAAGCUAUUCCUUUAAGUCAUAAAGGAGAUGCAAUUGGGCUGAUGAUUGAAAAAUGCUUAUUAGAUUGGGGAAUUAAUAAGUUGUUCACUGUCACCGUUGACAAUGCAACUUCGAAUGAUGUUGCUAUUGGUUUAAAGGAAAUGAACAAAUCUGUUGCACGUGUUAGGGGGGCUGUGAAAUAUGUGAGACAAUCUCCAGUGGAACUCUAUAUAUAUUUAAUGUUAGACACUGCUGAAAAAUUUGAGAGAGCUUUUGAGAGAUUUGAGGAGCAAGAUACAAAUUUUAGGGCUGAACUUGAGUUAGGAGAGGGCUGGCCAACUGUAAAUGAUUGGAAUUUUGUUAGAAACUUGAGGGAUUUCUUGGAACAUUUUUAUGAAGUCACUUUGCGAGUUUCAGGUACUUCAUAUGUCACAUCUAAUAAUUUUUUUGAUGAACUUAUUGAAAUUUGCAUACUUUUAAGGGAUGUUCAAUUAAGUGCUGAUGUUGAAUUUAGUGUUAUGGCCAUGAGGAUGAAAGAUAAAUUUGAGAAAUAUUGGGGUGAUAUUGAGAAUAUGAAUAUGCUUGUUUUUGUUGGCUGUGUUUUAGAUCCUAGGCAGAAAUUAAGUUAUCUUGAAUUUGCACUUAGUGAGAUGUAUGAUUCGGAAAAAAGUUUUGAAGUGAUGCAAAAGCUGAAAGAGACUUUGAAUGAAUUGUAUGAUGAGUAUAAGCCUCGAGUCUCUAGUGAUGGAAACCAUUUAAAUGUGAGAAUUUCUGAACCGCAACAAAAAGUGAAAAGACGCAUGAAAGAUUUGUAUAAAAGGCGUGUGAUUGAAAUUGGUGGUGAGGAUCAAACAUCUGAAUUAGAUAAAUAUCUAGGGGAGGCUGUUGAGAAUUAUGAUGAUGAAUUUGAUAUCUUGUCAUGGUGGAAAGUCAAUAGCCCUAGAUUUCUAGUUCUGUCAAAUAUGGCCAAAGAUGUAUUAGCUAUACCGCUUUCUACCGUCGCUUCAAAGUCUGCAUUUAGUACUGGUAGACGUGUGCUUGAUCAAUUUAGGAGUUCUUUAACUCCUAAAAUAGUACAAGCUCUUGUGUGUACUCAAGACUAUAUUAAAAAGUCAUCAACCAAAGAGGAGAUCAAGAAGUUUGAAGAACAAAUUCAAGAGCUUGACAAGAUUGAUAAUGAGUUAAGAAAGAUAGUGUUGGAGUCGGAGGAUGUGGGGAAAUCGACGCUGAGAUUAGAGAAAGUUGCAGUUCAAGAUGAGAGUUGUUUGUGGGAGAAUCUUGUUUAUGAAACUGUGAAAAUGAUGAGAGAGAUGAAAACAGGGAAUCUGAGUGAAAAAUUUUACCAUUCCCUUGGUGACUGGAAUUUGCUGAAUUUUGGUUCUGGAUUUGUUGCAGGGAUCUUCAAAAGCAGGGUUCCUUGGUGA